CGUGCGAGAGUUCAGUCAGUGGAGCGGAGUCUGACAUCCAACCUGCCCGGCCCAGCGACUCCCCUACCCGCCUACAAAUCCCGACUGUGGUCGCCCCAAGGCAGAUAACCGAGGAUGCGGACCACGAAAGAAGACGGUACAGCAACGAGGAAAAACACCAUGUUUGUCCACAGAUAUACAGAAGCGUGAGUGAGAAGACACUUGGGAUUCUAUUGUUUUUCCUCCAUCGCUCUACCCAGGCGAGAAUCGUCCACCACCCGCGCCGCGGUUCUUCCCUCCCGCCUGUGUGCUGCGUCUCUUUUGUGUGUUUUUAAAUGACCCGACACCAUGGAAAGAGCAACUUGGCCACGAGCGGUAAACAAGAGUAAGGAGGGCAGCCACUCAUUUAGCAAGUAGUGGCGGAGGGAGGCUGCGGUGGACGCCGGAGAACGGGAGAGGGAGGAGAGGAGGACUUGCAGCAGGAGGGGAACUUCGAAAACCUGCAGGGUUGAAGAUUCUAUGGAGAUGGCGCAACACGAGCAAUGCAUGUGAGGUUUCAUGGAGGCUGGUGACUGGCAAAAGCGAUGCGGCGAUGUGGACUACAAGGAGCAGCCUUGACAGAACCAAGCAGUAUCAACAUGAAUACAGCACAUCUCAUUAGAGGAAGUGACCAUUAUCAUAUCCUGAACAAGCAAGAUAUAGACCAUGAUGUGUGACCAUGUGCUCAUCUAAAGUUCCAAAGAGAACUCUUUCAAGAAGAAACCAUUAGAUAUUACUCAGUGGCACCAGGAGCACUUUUAAGCUGUGCUAUGUGAAAGACUCCAACCAGAUAUUUUACUUCAUCUGUCAGGUCAAACAACUUUUAUUUUGUGCCACCACAUGUUUGAGGUGACUGUAUCUGACUGCCGCCGCCGCCCAUUCUCGAGCAGCAGCUGCAACAGCCCCCAUAACCCCCAACCUGCACCAUGCCGUGGAGACGCCGUCACUGCUGUCCCAUCAAGAUGACUUGGACCGUCAAGCGCUCAUUAUUUCGGACCCAUGUGGCAGGCCUACUCUCACUUGCGCUGCUCUUUACCCUCUUCUCAUUUUUCAGUCGGCAGGACUGGCUGCCUGGCCGUACCGGGCCGCGGGAAAACCCUCUGGCCUACGCUGUCAGGAGUUUCCGCCAUCCUAGAGGGGAAGCCAACCAGAGUAGCUCGCUUAGGAGCCUUUGGCGGGAGGCGGGUUUUGUAGCAUCAAAGCCUCUUUUCAAUCUUAGUUCUCAGCAGGUAGAAGGGGCUGCCGGGGAGACAGGAGGAGAACUUGGUGGAGGAGGAGGUGUCCGAAUAGCUGCAAUGGGACUUGGAGACUCUAUGAGUGCCAACAACAGUUUACAGAAGGAGAUGGGUGUGGGAGGGAGGCUCAGUGCUCAGCCUUACCGUUACAUCCUGAACCAGCCUUUCAAGUGCAGCGACAGUACACCAUUCCUCAUCCUACUCAUUGCUGCUGAACCUGGCCAGGCUGAUGCUCGUAAUGCCAUACGGCAAACAUGGGGCAAUGACAGCAUAGCAAUGGGCCUGGGCUUCGUACGUCUCUUCUUGCUUGGUAUGGGAACAAGCUUGGACACCUUCCUUCAGAGCAGAAUUGAGGAGGAGAGCCGCGUUUACCAUGACAUAAUCCAGCAAGAAUAUCAGGACACAUAUUACAACCUGACGAUCAAGACUUUAAUGGCCAUGAACUGGGUGGCUACAUAUUGCCCACACGCCUCUUAUGUGAUGAAAACAGACAGCGACAUGUUUGUCAAUACAGAGUAUCUCAUUCAGAAGCUGCUAAAGCCCGAGUUGCCUCCAAAGCAGAAAUACUUCACAGGCUAUCUGAUGAGAGGCUACGCCCCAAACCGAAAUAAGGACAGCAAGUGGUACAUGCCGCCAGAGCUGUACCCAAGUGAGCGUUACCCGACAUUCUGCUCUGGCACAGGGUACGUGUUCUCAGGGGACAUGGCAGAACUGAUCUACCAGGCCUCACUCAGCAUACGCAGGCUUCACCUUGAGGAUGUUUAUGUGGGAAUAUGCCUUGCAAAGUUGCGCAUCGACCCAACACCACCUCCCAAUGAAUUUCUCUUUAACCACUGGAGGGUGUCUUAUUCCAGUUGUAAAUACAGCCACCUUAUCACAUCCCAUCAGUUCCACCCAAAUGAACUUAUCAAGUACUGGAAUCACUUGCAGAGUAACAAGCACAAUGCCUGUAUCAACCUGGCAAAGGAAAAGAAUGGAAGGUAUAGGCACAGAAGGUUCCAUGGAGAGCGGUCUCCUUGAAAAUUUGUAAUUAGAGAUGUGUGCAAUCUAACAGCUGAUGCAGGACUUUUUGGACCUCAGCACAACUUAUUAUACAGUAUAGGGAAAGCACAUUGUUUUUGGUAUUGUGUACAGUUGAUCUUUUAAACUUUUUUUGAGAGGGAAAUGUCAAGUAUUGUAUAAAUGUACUUUUGCAAAGGUGCAAUGACACAUUUGCGAUAUGGAGCAUGGAGACUGAAAUAAAGUUUGUAGAGUAUUCCACACAGCUAUCCAACUAAAGCUUCAAAAGACAUAAAUGUGUUUACACAGACAAAGGGAAAUGUACUGUAUAUGUAUUUUGUUGAAAGUUAUACUACCUAAAUAUGAAUGAAAAUCUUUGCCGUUGAUCACUUCAUCUGACCUCUUUCUGUGUUUCUGUCGGUGUUUAAUUUUCAGAUUCAUUAAGUACCACAAAUUCUAAAGAUUUAUCUGCCAUAUCCUGUAUUUUAUCUAAAAAAACAAAAUAAACAUGAA